AUGAGAUACAACUCUAAAUUAAGAUUAUUCAGGUCAUUUAUUGGGUUUGUUCUAUUAAUAAGCUUUUUUCAAAAAAUUCAACGGAUUUCUUCCAGCACUAUAUUUAACAAUGGAGAAAAUACCAGUUAUAAUCAUAACGAAAAUUUCAAACAAAAACUCUUUGAAAUUUUAAAUAAAGGGAAAAAGCCGGAAAACCAUGGAAAAAAUCCAUUUGACACAUUUUUUGGAAUGUUACUGAAUAUUGAUGACCUUAGAGAUUUAGAUUCAGAAAAGUCAAUUUUCGAAAAUGGCCCUAAGUUACGUGUAAUUAAUAAACAAAAUCCGAAUAUUAAAAAAGAAGUUAUUCCCGAUCAUUCUACAAGUAAUUUGGAUAAAUUUGUUAAAUUUGGACGGAACUGCAACCAAUUAUUUGACUGGGGUACACAAACAAAAGUUUUCCGUCAUUCGGUACAUGAUAGUUUAAUCCCAAAAAACUCCCAAAACCAAAUAACACAAUCAUUUCUCGAGUUUUUUAAUGUUAUUAAAAAAGGAGGCAAUGAUAUUUCCAAGAAAAAAUCUUAUAAAUCAAACUUUAAAGAAAUAGUUGUACCGAGCAUGAUUGCAGGUGUAAAUAAUAGUGAAUUAGAUGGUGCAACAAGAGGGAUUUUAAUGAAUGAACUUUUAGUUGAAACUAAAAUGGGAAAGGUAUCAAUACCAAAAAUUCGCCCAGAUGGACUUCCAUCUAUAUCUUUUAUUGGAAUAGAAAAUGAAGUUAUGCCAUUGCAUGUCAUUUAUAUCAAGGAAAGUGACCGAUUUUCAUUUAAAACAUUUCCAAAUUUUGUGCCUCCAGAUAUUCCAAAAAUUGCCGGCCAGAGGCUUAGGGAAUGGGUCAUUUUAAAGUAUAAACAAACACAUGACUUUUUAAUGGAUAAAUCAAAAAAAGAUUUGGAAAGUAGGUCACUGUUAGAAUCUUUGAAUAAUUAUGGAAUUUACUUUGCAAUCGAAUUCAAGGAUGAUGCGGUUUGCUAUCUUUCAGAGGUGACCAGGUACAAUAUUAACCAUAUUAAGAAUGGUGACAGUGAUAAUAAGGCGCUUGUUUCUAGAAUAAGCAGAAUAUUAUAUGCUAGAUUGAGGCCAUUUAUAUCGUUUAAAUCCACAUUUAUUCCUUUAAAAAUGAGUGAAUUUCGUUCAUUAUCUUUUAUAGGUUCUCCCGUUUUGAUGAAUAGAGCAGAUAAUGAAGACGAUUUAUUAACCCAACAAGCUUUAUUUUACUGGUCAAUUGAAGCUGAAAAGUUUUUAAAUGGCUAUAAAAGAAAAGACCAUGUUUGCAAUGAACGUGAAAUUUUUAUUAAUACUGAAUACAAGCAGCAUUGCAUGAUAUCUCCCCACGGAAAAAAUCCAAGGAACCCCAAUUCUUAUAAUAAUGGCUUUGUUACCACAGUGUCCUGUUUUGGAUUGCACCCAGAAGGUACAAUGGUAUUAUUCUUAUAUAAAUCUUUACUUUCACUUAGGAUAUGUCAAAAGGAUGGUAGUUGGAGUGAUAUAAAAGUUCUCUCCAACCAAAAUAGAGCAACAAUUAUAUUUCACAAGUGUCAUUCCAGAAACAGUAAUAAAGAAAGUUUUUAUUCACGAGUUUCCACCGCUUCAUUUUUUGAAGAUUAA